AUGAAAGGUCCCGAUCCUUAUGCUCAUUAUAUUGAAGCAUUGCAAAAGACCUACCUGCCAUUUGACACUUCAGAGACAUCUUUGGCAUGGGACGCCUCAACAUUGUCGCAAGAUGACUUGGACCAACAAACUACACACAAUCACAACGCAUCAUUGAGAGCAUCGACAGCGUCAACAUCGUCGACAUUAGUGCGAGCACCAUCAUCGUCGAGAGUGGCAUCAAUCAAUGACUAUGUGCCACGUAAGCCACUGAUACGUGACAGGUCCAGACAGUUGUUAAGGACACAGCGCAACGUACCUCAUAUGAAGAGGGAGUUUGACUCGGACUUUGAUGGCAACGAAUCAGAGGAUGCCUAUGAAGAGGAGGAUGCCGUCCAACUAGUGCAACAACAACAGAGUGAGUCGUCCGGCUCAGAGCUGGACUCGGAGGGUGAGUGCACGGCCGAGCAAGAGAUGCUGCACCAAGACUCUGUGUUCCGCACUGAUGACGCACUGUCCUACAAGUGGUUCUUCAACACACCAAUGAUCCAGAUCACCAAUCUAGAGUCAAUCCGUCAUGUUCUCCGUGACAAUAGUACAAUCUACGAGAGGAUAUGGGGUUAUGGGCCUCGUGUCCUUCAAGCUGGAGGUCAACUUAAACGAUUCCUACGUGUUUACUCUGACGCAUUGUCCAGUGACGAGUCACUCAUCGACAUAUUCCCAGUGAUCAACCAGGACUGCCACUCAUUUGUAAACAACCUAAUCAAGAAUCAAUCCGGCGAGUCAUUAUCCUCACAGAAGGUUAUCAAAGAUUUCUACCUAUCAUUGAUUGCCAAGGUGUUGCUAGGCGACAGUGAGGAAUCACAUCAGUGUAUCAAGGCACAUUACUUCACGUACUACAAGGGUCCAGUUGAUCUCUUGUACCGAGUCGUACCAUUCCUAACAUCACUCCCAACAAAGUAUGGCAAGAAGUAUCAAAAGAUGGAGAGAAGAAAGGGAUUCUUCAAGAUGUUGGCAAUGAAGGCAUACUACAACGCCAAGAACAAGGUUGAGUAUGAGGGUCCACUGGACGUCCUGAAGCUUGUCUCCAGGUCCAGUAUCGAGGAUAUCGAAGGAAUCACAUUAGACGAGAUAUUGUCAUCAUCAUUCUUGGUGAAUCCAGCAUCAGUUAUUGCACCAAUAUGUUCAAUAUUGAACAUUAUGUAUACAGCGAUCAGACUACCAGAGAUACAGACAAAGAUCAGAGAAGAGGUGAAGGAAGUAAUGAAUGGACGUAGUUUGGAUCAGUUGGCAGUGGAGGACAUUGACAAGAUGGAGUACCUAGACCUUGCACUACGUGAGAUCAUGCGACUAUUCCCACCCUUCAGCGACAUCAUUCCAAGACAGAGCAACACUGCUGACAGGAUACUUGGAUACAGAGUACCAAAGGGUUCAUUCGUAUCAUGCCCAUUCAUCAAGCCAUUGAGGAAUCCACAGGUGUUCCUUGAACCAGACAAGUUCAUCCCGGAUAGGUAUCAUCAUGAGACGAGGGAGGCCAGACUUGUGAGUGAGAUACCAUUCGGCUUUGGAACACGCAAGUGUUUGGCCAAGAGGUUAUCAAAGCUCAUACUCAAGACAUUCAUGAUACACAUGUUCUCCCAGAUGACCAUCCAGGGUGACAACAUGGAUUCAGUCAAGAUUGAGAUCAAGCCACAGACAUGGAUAGUACCUGAGCCACCCAUCAUAUUCAAGGCACAUCCAAUAUCCAAAGCCACACGAGCUGAGCAAUAG